AUGGCCGACAUCAUGAACCCUCACCAGGAGCAGCAGCAGCAGCGCGAGGAAUCUGGUAGCCGUGCGCCGUCGCGUGCGCUCUCGCGUAGCGACUCUAUUGGCACGAGCGACUCGGAGCCUGGUAUCCAAGACCAGCGCCGUCGCCGUCGCGGUGGUCGUAAGCAGCAGGGCGGUGAUCUCCCUGGCGUCGACGAGGUCGAAGACACCGGACGCGCUGUCACCAACACUGCCAACCAGGUUGGCCGCACGGCCGAGGGUGUUACCCGAGGCGCGGCCGAUGACGACAAGCCGUUGAAGCUCAGACUGGAUCUUAACAUCGACGUCGACAUUCAGAUCAAGGCUACCGUGCAUGGCGACAUCACGCUCAGUCUACUGCGCUGA